AUGUCAGAAUGGGAGAGAGACGGAUCACCAAUGCCAUCGGGACCUCCUCCGGUCACUUUCGGUAAACUCACUUUGAUGAAGAGGAAGGGAGGUGGAGACGUACAGACCAUCCCAUUGGAUGCUGAAAGAAUAACAUUUGGACGUGAUUAUGAUUGCGACGUUCGGUUAUACUACUCUGACGUCUCCAAGCUCCACUGUGAGAUCAUCUUCGAUGCUGUAUCUGGCAAGGCUGUACUUCACGUCAAGGGUACCAAUGGUCUUCUUCACAAAGCCAAUGAAGGUUCACCAAUAACAUAUAAACCACCCACCGAUAUCUCUCUCUCUGAUGGAGAUAUAAUCACUAUCCGAAAGAAACCUUUCCGAUUUGAAUAUGGCGGAUCGUCAGAAUCGCCUAUUCCUUUCUCCCCUGCUGUUCAAACCACUAAACUCCACGCAAUGGCACCAUCACCUGCUAAACAGCCUGCAUCUGGCUCUCCAAAGGGUCACCCAAUCCGAAGACGUGCAUCCCACCGACUUUCGCUCGUACCAGAGGGUAAAACCUUUGUUCCUCUUUCACCUAUCAAGAAUCGACGAGCCAGUUCCCUCGGUUUGGGUGGUAUGGGUACUCCUGCUAAAUUGAAUGGAAAGUCUAAACUCAGUGAAGAAGUUCCCCAAGAGCAAGAUGAAGAGAUUGAAGAAUCAGUGUUGGACAUAGCCGACGGGGAUGAAGGAGAUAUGGUUUACCUUGAAGUAAACGAAGAAGAGGGAGAAACCGUUAUUGAAAACGCCAAUAUCGCUAUUAAGCCUGUCCACGAGAAUGCAUUCAUGACACCUCAACCGGCUCGUAAAGCUGCUUUGCGUAAUACCAGUGCUGUAGCUCGGACUCGUAAACAAACCGGGAAUCAAACGAUUCAACCUGCAGAUCCAGAGACAACCUCAACGUCUCCAGUAUCGAAAGAUACUCCAACACCAGCGACCCCACCUAAAACGCCACGAUCUGUACCACUUCCUAUGCCAGCAGACACACCGUACAACCCACCUUCUACUCCAUCGGCCGAAAAGGCUAGUUCCACACCCAUCCCAGCUCGUGUAGCUAUGUCUACUCCUAAAGGACCAGCCACGCUGCGUAAGGCCUUGCUUCUCCGCUCAGCUAGGAAAGUAUGGCAAGAGUCUAGAGCAUCAGGAGUCGAAGGUGCGAUCGAGUCAGGGGAUGUCGAAAUCAGGAGAAAAAGUAUCAGUCCAAAGAAUAAGGCAGGUAGAAGAAGUAUCAAUCCUAUUUCUGAAUCUCCUAUUAUCAGACAUGACCCCGAGAACGGGGAAGAUACUUCUGAGGACCCUGAGGCGGCCCAGCAAGAACAAUUGGCUAAUGACGGAGAACCAAAAUGGAUUCAGGAAGAUGGUACUGCUGAAGUUUCCUUUGAAUCAAACUCUAGUGGAGAUUCACUAGAGGCCGAUAUCUCUUUGGAUAUCCCUGGUGGUCAAGGUGUCAAUCAGUUCUCCCCUGUCGACCCAAACGCGGAAGAAGAGUAUAUGAAUAAUGAUCUAUAUCUUGAAGGCGAGGAAGACAAAGACCAGGAUGAAGGUGAAGAGAUGGAAGACAUCGAGGAAGAAGCGCAAGGAGAGGGCCAGUAUGAGGAAUAUGAAGAAGCGGUCAACCUUCCCGCCGAUAUUUCGGUUGAAGACAUUCACUCCGAAGAGCUUCCCCACGAAGACGAGGGAGAGGCUGACCAAGAUGAGACCAUGUCCCUUCCUGGUACACCUCACCCUCGACGACCUCUCUCGGCCACAUUCUUCACACCACAGACCCAACGGCACAUACUCAAACAACCCCGCCGAUCAUUGGCGGGUAUUGGUGGACCUCCAGUUCGAUUUGAGCGUCUCCCAGCAACGCCAAACUCACUCAGGCCCACUCCGGCACCACUCGGAUCAAUGGGUAAACCAUCUCGCAGAGUCGUCCUGUCUGCAUCAGACCAACCGAAAGAACAAGAAGAGCAUGUAGCAGAGAAGAAGGUUUUCAUGACUCCAGUCAAAUCAGAAGCUGCUCGAGCUGAAGCCAAACGACGAAGAGAGUCCCUUGCUACACCUCGACAGCUUCCUGCUCCUCCCGCCAGCGGGUUCAAGAAUCCUGUGAUGGAGACCAGGCUUUCCGACUUGAUGUCAACUCCUUCUCAUCCUGCACUGGCUCCAACAUCGCCAGAAGCUGAAAUGGCUGAACAAUCGGAUCAAGCAAGAGUAGUUCCUGGUACACCAAUGGAUGAUCUCAAACACCGACUCAAUAAGAUGCGUCAACAAUCUACCAAAAAGGCUGAUAGGAGAUUCACCGUUGGAUUUGCUCUUCCAUCAACGCCAAGUAGACAUGAAUUACCGCAGACAAAUUCUUGGAGCGUCAAUCCUAGAAGAAUAGAAGGGAAAGGUCCAAAAACUCCUAUCUUCCCUAAAAUUAGAAAAGAAGAUCCAAUUGCUGAAUCCCCAAGUGGAUCAACGUCUCGUCUAGAAGAUAACGAAACAGCUGAAGAAAUCGAAAUCAAAUUACCUUCUUCGCCUGAAUAUGAGACUCCUUCUUCACCCUCCACCCCCUUAUACACGGUUUCAAGAGAGAUGCUUCAACCUAAUCUUCCAGCCAAGACCCCAGAUCUGUCAGGUUUGCGGACACUUUUCCCUGCUACACCCAAACAGCAAGCUUCACCUUCAUUAGCAGGAGUAAGGGAAAUGAUGAGACAACCCAUCAUCCCUUCUACACCCAAUUUCAUCGGAAUGAGAGAUAUGUUCCAGGUGCCUAAAGUCGCCCAAACUCCUGAAUUUGAAGGUGUGGGUGAGAUGUUUGAAGAAGAACAAGAGGACUUGGAUCAAACAGAAGAUGUUAUAGUAGUAACCAUGGAGGAGACAGAGCAGGAAAAAGCAGAGGAAGCAGAGCAGGAGGAAGAAGAAGAGGACGAGGAGGAGGAAGAAGUCGAGCAGGUAGAAAUAAGACGACCUAGGAAGAUUGAACGACCCGUUGAGGUCAAGCCUAUCACUAGCAAACCGGAAGCUGAAUCAAAGCUCCCUCGUCCAACAGCCUCUACUUCCUCCUCAACGUCUACCGCAUCCCGCGCUCGUGGUAUUGUUUCCACCCAAAAAGAAGAUGAUAGCGUUGCCACUUUUGCCACAAUCCCUGCUAAAGCAGCAGCUAGUGCGACCAGUAAAAUCCCAGCGCGAAAAAUGACUGCAACCAAGGUUGUCAGGUCUUUGACACUUGAAAUGAAACCUAAACCGUCUCGAAGCCGAAAAGCGGCAGAAGUGACUGAAAGUGAAGAGUCGACUUCAAAACCAACUCGAGCUAAAAGGACCGCUUCCGUUGAUCCUGAACCAGCAUCUGCUCCUUCAAGAGCUACAACAAGUAGAUCAAGAUCUACAAGGGCUAGGACUACAGCUGAACCUGAAGAACAACCACAACCGAUAUCAGAACCAGUAAAAACAACGAGAAACAAAUCCACCUCAUCUAGAGCUGUUCGUAAAGUUGCAGAAGAGGAAACAGAAAAGGAAAUAUCCAAACCUUCAAGAAGUAAGAGGCCCUUAGCUCAAUUACCUGAACAAAUCAUUGAAGAAGAGAAAGUCCAUUCAACUUCCUCAAGAGGUAAGAAGUCUACCACAUCGACAAGUAAAACGACUGAAGCAUCCUCGAAAGACAAAGUAUCAGCUCCUUCAAGAAAGAAAGUUGCGAACAAGGAGAAUGAUGAAACUGUUGAAGAAGAACAAGAAAAACCUAAGAAAAGAAUCGUUGCAGCGAGUAACAAGAAAGAGGAAAGUAAGAGUGGUGUUCCGGUGGCUGUUAGUAGAGCGACCAGGAGUAGAAAGUGA